AUGGCCGCGCCGCUCACGGCCGUCCGGGCCCGGCUCCUCCCGGUGACCUGCACCGCCUCCGGUACCGGCGGGCCCCCACCAACGUCCAAGAACAGCAACAGGCCGCAUCUACUACCAGUACCAACCACCGUCACCGCUCCUCCCCUGCUGCGCCUGGAGGCGGUGGCGCCGGCGUCCGUCGCCGCGGCGGUCACGGCGCUGCUGGCGCUGCCGCCGGACGAGGCGCUGGCGGUGGGCGGCGAGUUCGGGAUCCUGGAGGGCCGGAGCUUCGCGCUGCUGCACCCGCUCGUCAUGGGCGGGCUCUUCGCAUACACGCUCUGGGCGGGGUACCUCGGCUGGCAGUGGCGCCGGGUGCGAACCAUCCAGGACGAGGUCAACGAGCUCAAGAAGCAGCUCAAGCCCGCCGCCACUCCCGCCGCGAUCAAGAUCGAGGAGCUCACCGAGGAGCGGAAGGCGCUGAUCAAGGGGUCGUUCCGGGACCGGCAUUUCAACGCGGGGUCCAUCCUGCUCGGCCUCGGCGUGCUCGAGUCCGUCGGCGGCUCGCUCAACACCUGGUUCCGCACUGGCAAGCUGUUCCCGGGCCCGCACCUCUUCGCGGGCGCUGCCAUCACCGUCCUGUGGGCGGCCGCGGCCGCGCUCGUCCCGGCGAUGCAGAAGGGGGACGAGACCGCACGCAGCCUCCACAUCGCGCUCAACGCCGUCAACGUGCUGCUCUUCGUCUGGCAGAUCCCCACCGGACUCGAGAUCGUCGGCAAGGUCUUCGAGUUCACCACCUGGCCAUGA